GAGAGCUGCGAUCGCUCCAGGUUUCUUAGGAAGAACCUGUGGCCGCGGUGGCGGCACCUCGGUGGGGGCACCUGUGCGGAGCAGGAGGGCUUGGGAUUCGUGCCAGCCACUCUCUGAGCCCGAAGGAAGGGGCACCUCUCAGCCCCUUAGGAAUCCACUUCUCUGCAGAAUCUCCACACGGAGCUGGGAAUACUGGUGGGGUAGACAUGUGCAGGACCAGCUAGAGGGCUGAGAAAGGUAAACAUUUGGUCCAAGUGUUGACAGGCAGUGAAAACUGUGUCUGGGACCAUGACUGCUUCCCCCCUGGACUUUGGGGAGGUGGAAACUUUCCUGGACAGGCACCCAGAGUUGUUUGAAGAUUACUUGAUGCGGAAGGGGAAGCAGGAGUUGGUGCAGAAGUGGCUGCAGAGGCACAGUGAGGGUCAGGGGGCUGUAGGCCCAAGGCCUGCCCUGGCCGGCACCGGCAACGUGGCUCACAGCAGUGGCAGAGGCAGCAGCAGCAGCAGCAGCAGCAGCGUUGAUGGUGCCACCGGACCAACUGGCUCUGGCAAGAGCCAGCCCACUCCCGGUGGCGGGGACUCUGGUGGGGCUCCCCUGAGUCCCAGCUGGGCCAGUGGCAGCCGGGGCGAUGGGAGCCCGCAGCGGAGAGCUUCUCAGAAAGAGCUGAGGAAGAGUUUUGCUCGCUCCAAAGCCAUCCACGUGAACAGGACCUACGAUGAACAAGUGACCUCCCGGGCCCAGGAGCCCCUGAGCAGUGUACGGCGGAGGGCGCUUCUCCGGAAGGCCAGCUCCCUGCCCCCCACCACAGCCCAUAUUCUCAGUGCCCUGCUGGAAUCGAGGGUGAAUCUGCCUCAAUAUCCCCCUACGGCCAUGGACUACAAGUGCCACCUCAAAAAGCAUAAUGAGCGUCAGUUCUUUCUGGAAUUGGUCAAGGAUAUCUCCAAUGACCUUGACCUUACCAGCCUGAGCUACAAGAUCCUCAUCUUCGUCUGCCUCAUGGUAGAUGCUGAUCGUUGCUCUCUGUUCCUGGUGGAAAGGGUGGCUGCUGGCAAGAAGAGUUUGGUCUCCAAAUUGUUUGAUGUGCAUGCAGGGACCCCACUGCUGCCCUGCAGCAGCACAGAGAACUCAAACGAGGUGCAGGUUCCCUGGGGCAAAGGCAUCAUUGGCUAUGUCGGGGAGCAUGGAGAAACGGUCAACAUUCCUGAUGCCUACCAGGAUCGAAGAUUCAAUGAUGAGAUUGACAAGCUAACUGGAUACAAGACAAAGUCACUACUGUGCAUGCCUAUCCGGAGCAGUGAUGGGGAGAUUAUCGGCGUGGCCCAAGCGAUAAAUAAGAUUCCUGAAGGUGCUCCGUUUACCGAAGAUGAUGAAAAAGUUAUGCAGAUGUAUCUUCCGUUUUGUGGCAUCGCCAUAUCUAAUGCUCAGGUAUUUGCUGCCUCGAGGAAAGAAUAUGAGAGAAGCAGGGCUUUGCUAGAGGUGGUUAAUGACCUCUUUGAAGAGCAGACGGACCUGGAGAAAAUCGUCAGGAAGAUAAUGCAUCGGGCUCAAACCCUGCUGAAAUGUGAGCGCUGUUCUGUGUUACUCCUGGAGGACAUUGAAUCCCCAGUGGUGAAGUUUACCAAAUCCUUUGAGUUGAUGUCCCCAAAGUGCAGUGCCGAUGCUGAGAACAGUUUCAAAGACAGCAUGGAAAAGUCAUCAUACUCUGACUGGCUGAUAAACAACAGCAUUGCUGAGCUCGUGGCUUCCACAGGCCUUCCUGUGAACAUCAGUGACGCCUACCAGGACCCUCGCUUUGAUGCCGAGGCUGACCAGAUAUCUGGUUUUCAUAUAAGAUCAGUUCUCUGCGUACCUAUUUGGAAUAGCAACCACCAAAUAAUUGGAGUGGCUCAGGUGUUAAAUAGACUUGAUGGAAAACCUUUCGAUGAUGCAGAUCAACGACUUUUUGAGGCGUUUGUCAUCUUCUGUGGCCUGGGCAUCAACAACACGAUCAUGUACGACCAGGUGAAGAAGUCCUGGGCCAAGCAGUCGGUGGCUCUCGACGUGCUGUCAUACCAUGCGACAUGUUCAAAAGCUGAAGUUGACAAGUUUAAGGCAGCCAACAUUCCCUUGGUGUCGGAACUUGCCAUCGAUGACAUCCAUUUCGAUGACUUUUCUCUGGACGUUGAUGCCAUGAUCACGGCUGCCCUUCGGAUGUUCAUCGAGCUGGGGAUGGUACAGAAAUUUAAAAUUGACUACGAGACACUGUGCAGGUGGCUUUUAACAGUGAGGAAAAACUACCGGAUGGUCCUGUACCACAACUGGAGACAUGCCUUCAACGUGUGCCAACUGAUGUUUGCGCUGUUAACAACCGCCGGGUUUCAAGAGAUUCUGAACGAGGUGGAAAUCUUGGCGGUGAUUGUGGGAUGCCUGUGUCAUGACCUCGACCACAGGGGAACGAACAAUGCCUUCCAAGCUAAGAGCGGCUCUGCCCUGGCCCAGCUCUACGGCACCUCGGCCACCUUGGAGCACCACCACUUCAACCACGCCGUGAUGAUCCUCCAAAGCGAGGGCCACAACAUCUUUGCUAAUUUGUCCUCCAAGGAAUACAGUGACCUCAUGCAGCUCUUGAAGCAGUCAAUACUGGCCACAGACCUCACGCUGUACUUCGAGAGGAGAACUGAAUUCUUUGAACUUGUACGCAAGGGAGAAUACGAUUGGAACCUCAAAAACCAUCGUGAUAUAUUUCGAUCAAUGUUAAUGACAGCCUGUGACCUUGGAGCCGUGACCAAACCGUGGGAGAUCUCAAGACAGGUGGCCGAACUUGUAACCAAUGAGUUCUUCGAGCAAGGAGAUCGGGAGAGGUCAGAACUCAAACUCACUCCUUCUGCUAUUUUUGAUCGGAACCGGAAAGAUGAACUGCCUCGGUUGCAGCUGGAGUGGAUCGAUAGCAUCUGCAUGCCUUUGUAUCAGGCAUUGGUGAAGGUCAAUGUGAAACUCAAGCCAAUGCUGGAUUCAGUGGCUGCCAACAGAAGUAAGUGGGAGGAGUUGCACCAGAAAAGGCUGCUGGUCUCAGCUGCCUCCCCCUCCUCUGCGGGCCUCACAGUGGCUGGUGAAAACAGUAACUAACCCUCGGGGUCAGCUUCUGCUGCACAGUGACUGCAUCCUGAAAGGCCAGCUUUGGUCCAGCCACAUCAUCGUUUUGUCCUUUAAGCUCAGAGAGACACAAAAUCUGAGGGAUGUGCUGGGAAGCAUGUCUGGGCUUUCACCUUGAAGUGUGGUCAGCAGGAAAGAGCGAAACAAGGAGAGAGGAGGAGGUGGGGCAGGAAUCACAUCCCACGACCCUCAGCUUCUCUGCUGAGCAGACAUGGGCUGAGACAGAGACAGGCGCUGGACGGAGGAGGCCCAUGGUGAUCCAGGAUCUGAGGACAGCUGGCCCUGCUCAUUUGGAGCCACGGGAAUGGAAAACAGCAUAGGUGUCCUUAGCACUGCUUCAUUUUGCACACGGCUCUUUUAUUUGUUCCAUGCCAAACAAAGCCUGACAUUGCAUCCUUUCCCGAGAGCCCUUUGUGCCAGACUGUCCCAAGAAUCCCAACUUGUAUUCUGUAGAGGUAUUUUGCUUUUAUCCUAGAGCUUCUUAAUGGUGGCUCAGAGCCUAUAGACUUGCCUCCCUAAAAGAUAAACUGUAUUGUCCUUACAAACACCAACCAUUCUCACAUUUUCCCUAAAAAAAUAAUCCACAGUAGAAAUACAUCAAAUGUGUUUGUCUUGUUGGUGUUUAUAUAAGAUUCAUAACACUGCAUUGAAUCUUGGUCCCCUUUUUUAGUUUUAUAAUUCAACUUUCAUUACAGAGCAAAGUCUAUUCCUAGAAGGAAUAGAUUAACUGGCUUUAAUUAAAGUCAGGCUGAAUCCUGG